UGGGCAUUUUCACAUCAGGAGGUGGUUCUGCCAACAUGGGCCUCUAAACCACGUUACAAGAAAUCGUCCUGUCUGCCCAUUUCCAGUCUGAGCACAGAGCACAACUUGUACUUGCCAGCAUUUCCUAAGAAGAGGGCGGAGUCCCUGGUGGGGAUAAAUAGGCAUCAGUGCACAGUGGGAGAUCAACACGAAAGGCAUACAGCAGCCCCGAACAUCAAGACUCAGCGAUCACAGGCGCUGGCGGCGGGCAUCGGCUCUGCAGAUCAGAGAAGAUGGCCCUCCUUGUAGCUCUGGGGCUCUUGAUGGUGGGGAUCUGCCCUGUUGCCCUCUGUCAGCAAGAUGGCACAUUGGGGAGGAACACUGAACUUCAGGAAGAUCAGAACAAUGGGACACUAGUGGACAGUGUAACACUGGCCUCCAUCAACACCGACUUUGCCUUCAGCCUCUACAAGCAGCUGGCUUUGAAUAAUCCAGAUAAGAACAUCGUCUUCUCCCCAUUCAGCAUCUCAUUUGCCUUGGCAGUCCUGUCCCUGGGAGCAAGCAGCAACACCCUUAAAGAGAUUCUGGAAGGUCUCAAGUUCAAUCUCACAGAGACCCCCGAGGCAGACAUCCACAGGGGCUUUGGGAACCUCCUCCACAUGCUCAGCCAGCCAGGGGACCAGGUACAGCUCAGCACAGGCAACGCCAUGUUUGUUGAAAAACACCUGCAGAUCCUGACAGAGUUCAAGGAGAAGGCAAGGGCCUUAUAUCAGGCUGAGGCCUCCUCCACUGACUUCCAGCAGCCCCAUGAGGCCAAGAAUCUCAUCAAUGACUACGUGAGCAAACAGACCCAUGGGAAGAUCAAGGAACUGAUCUCAGACCUGGAUGAUCAGACGUUAAUGGUGCUGGUGAAUUACAUCUACUUUAAAGGAAAAUGGAAGAAGCCAUUUGACCCUCUUGACACAUUUGAUUCUGAGUUCCACUUGGACAAGAAGAGGACUGUGACAGUGCCCAUGAUGAACAUUGAGAACCUGAUCACACCCUACUUCCGGGAUGAGAAGCUGUCCUGCUCAGUGGUGCAGCUGAAGUACACGGGCAAUGCCAGUGCCCUGUUCAUCCUCCCUGACGAGGGCAAGAUGCAGCAGCUGGAAGACAGCUUACAGCCAGAGACCCUGAGGAGAUGGAAGGGCUCUCUGAGACCCAGGGUGAUCAGCAAGCUCUCUCUGCCCAAGUUCUCCAUCUCCACUGAUUACAGCCUGGAGAACAUCCUUCCACAGCUGGGCAUCAGGGAAGUCUUCUCCACACAGGCUGACCUGUCUCGGAUCACAGGAAACAAGGGCCUGAAGGUCUCUCAGGUCGUCCACAAGGCGGUGCUGGACGUGGGUGAGACGGGCACAGAGGCAGCGGCUGCCACAGGAGUCAAAUAUCUCUUUAAGUCUAGGAAAUGGUUCACAAUGAUUGUGUAUUUCGACAGGCCAUUCCUGAUGAUUAUCUAUGACACAAACACUCAGACUCCACUCUUUAUGGCCAAGGUCACAAAUCCUAAGAGGGGCUAGCUAGCUAGCACUUCACAAAUGGUGAGGCUUCUUCCCAGGAGCCAGGGAUUAAGCCUGUGUGGGUGGUCUCUAUGCGCAUUUUGGCUUCCACGCUCUGAUUGACUGAGGUACGCCUGGAUUGGACAAUGACAAUAGCUGUAUGACUGGUGUAAGGACUCAGGCAUUACGUUGGCCUGUCCAUGUUACCUGGAAGAAUGCCCUCAGGCAGUACCCUGGUCAGCUCAGGGUUCCAUGAGUACUGGUCUGCACGCAGGUGGAAAGGACCCCUUUAAAAGAAAGACCCGCCCGCUUGAGUUCUCUUUCUGCUCUCUCUGCUUUCCUC